AUGGGAGUGAAGGAAAUGUUUAAAUUGGCCUGGGUGCCGUCCAUUCUCAUGCUCGGCGUGAUUUAUGUGGCCUACGUGUUGAUUGGUGGAGUGAUUUUCUGGAAGCUGGAAGGCGAUCUUGGGAAGAAGGACCUCAGUGAGUUAUGGAAACGCAAACAAACCCUUCUUACGACGUACAGCUGUCUGAAUCAAGAAGGUCUGGUAGCUGUGGCCCAGGUUGUUCAAGACGCCUCAAAGGCAGGUUUAAGUCUGAAAGGCAACCAAACCACUGACGGCUUCUGGAAAUUCACCAGCUCAGCUGUGUUUGCUGCAACUGUGGUCACAACUAUAGGUUAUGGAAACAUGAGUCCCACUACUACAGUUGGUCAGAUCUUCUGUGUGUUCUUCGCUCUCUUUGGUAUACCUCUCAAUGUGGUGGUGCUCAACAGAGUGGGGAAGUACAUGCUCGCACUGGGGAGGAACCUCUCAGAAUUCAUUGAAAUGAAAACUAAACGAAAGACAUGCACGCGGUUUUUUGUCCACUUCAUUAGCUACAUUUGUGGAGCAGUCCUUUUCUUUGUCGUGCCCAUGAUUGUGUUCCAGCAGCAAGAGGGCUGGACCUACUCCCAGGCCAUCUACUACUGCUUCAUCACCCUCAGCACCAUCGGUUUUGGAGAUUUUGUAGCCGACAGCAAUCCAGAUUAUGAUUACCCAGACUGGUACAGUUUCAUCAUGGCAACCUGGAUCUUCUUUGGCCUGGCUUGGCUCGCCCUGGUCAUCAACCACUCCAUCGACAUCCUGGAACGGCUCAACGGCUACUUCAAACAGCUGUGCUGUGGCCACAAGCCCGAAGACCAAUCAGCCAGUGGAGAAGACGACAGCGCUCAAACGACACUAGAGGAGAGCAAAGACACCAAGGACCCUCCAAAAUCUGGGUAAUCUUCCAAGUGAGUCAUCAAGUUACUGAAUCAUUAGCUGCAAGA